CGUUGUGUUAUCUAAGGGAGCUAACUUUACUAACAAAACAUACUGCUAGUGGAUGUUUAGUAUUUUGACAUAUUCGUUUCAUUGUAAAUUUUAAAGGUGUCUCAAGUUCUUUUAGUUCAAAUUUAUUGAAGAAUAAUCGGUUGCUUAGAACUAUCAUGGCGUUGCCACCUGAGAAGAUUUCUGAGUUGAAGCAAAUAAUCCACAACCAACUGUCACAGGGUGAUGUUCAGAGAAGGAUCCGGGAAAUGCUGGCAGAGAGUAUGCAGGAGGAGUUCGAGGGCAGCAAGAAUCCCAUGGGAGAGCAGGAGAUGUUCAACAGACUGAAGCAGCGCGGGGUGGUGGACAACAUCUUGCAGCAGAUCCAGUUUGAGGGCAGCACCUCCAAGCCUGCCACCCAUAUGCGUGGGGAACACAUGCUGGAGAAUAUAGCGGACAGAAAGACUAACAUCGAUCCCACGAGAAGAUACCUGUAUCUGUACAUAAAGUCUGGCAAGGCUUUCUUGGAGCAUAUAGAUGAUGACAGCGGGACGCCUGGGCAGGUGACCUCCUACUUCACCUUUCACAUCCUGUUCAGAGGUCAGAGGUUCAAGUCGAGGCCGGUUGCGUGUGCCUGUGAGCCGGACAUUGACGAGGGCUUCCUUCUAGAACUGCACAAAGAUGGCGCAGGUGAGGCAGGUAAGAUGGCUGACCCGACCACCAUGCUGUCCAUCUGUGAUCCCAUCCACAUCGUGCUGGUGAAGACUGAUGGGCUAGGGGAAACCACUCUUGUCUCCUCCCACUUCCUGGAGUGGAGGCCGGUUCUCACUAACAGCAGCAGUAGACUGGCCACAGCCCUUGAGCUGAAGGGAACUGGUUCUGAGAACAAUGUAGCAGCGGGUGUUAUUGACAUUCAGGUGGAACUCUUCCCCAAAACCAAGCAGUCCCUCAGCAAAGAUGUCAUAACUGCCCAGAUUCAGCUGGAGAGGAGCAGGCAUGCGGAACAAGAGCGUCUGUUCCUGGUGUAUGCCAAGCAGUGGUGGAAGGAGUACCUACUCAUCAGGGAGGUGCAUAAAGAACGUCUCGUCAAGAUAUUCGCUCAGGAUGAGAACGGAAAUAACCGGCCUGUCUGCUCCUUUGUGAAGCCACUACGGGCCGGUCGUCUGCUGCACUCGGCACGUGAGGCGGCGCGGUUCGUGUCCCUGAUACACCAGGAGAGAACCCCGACACUGGGUGGCGGCGCUCGCACGGAGCAGUGGACUACCAUGCAUGCAUUCCUGGCCAGGAAUAAAGGGGACUGUGAGGACCAUGCAGUGUUGCUGUGCAGUCUGCUGCUGGGUUUUGGUCUCGAUGCCUACGUCUGCGUGGGCACCCAGAAGAAGUCUGCGCCGCACGCCUGGGUCAUGACUGUCAGCAUCGAUGGACUUGUCACCUUCUGGGAAAGCCUGAAUGGACACAGAUACAUACACGAGCCCUUAGACCCAUAUGCCCUGCCCAUGGACAAACGGCAUCGCCCGAAAUACCCCUACAAGACAGUGGGAUGCGUGUAUAACCACCAGUCCUUCUAUGCAAAUAAUCAGCCAACAGACAACAUAGAAGUGUGCCAAUUCAACCUGCGUGAUGACGCCCGUUGGAAGUCCAUGUCACAUGACGCAAUCAUGUCGGUGUGCGGCAGUGGCGCUUCCCCAGUGUGGCCCCAGUUUCCUCCCCUAUCUGCGUCCACUAUCGACCCAGCCCUGGCCAGCAACGACCUUGAGCAACAGUUGAGAGUGCUAGUCAUGGAACAUCGAAGGGACAUGGGCCUCACCACAGUAUGGGAUGAUCAACUGAGUUAUCUGCUAUCACCGUCCCUUGCUUCCUAUGAAAUAGAGAGAACAAUUGGUUUGACCCCUGGCAAUGAGGAGUUUUCCGACUCCAUCAAUCAGGCAGUUCCAGAUGGUCACACAUUCAAGGGAUAUCCGGCACAGUUCACACACCGAAAUGCCAGAAAAAUAUUUGCCACUUGCCUCAGACAUAAGGACUGUGAGCCAAUCAUUCAUUGCCGUGGUGACCAUGUACGUAUGGCUGUGAGGGUGUUAGUGCGCCCGUAUCCAGAGUCCACCUGCGCCACAUGGAUCAUGUUUGCAUGCAAAUACAAGUGUAUAGUUUGAUUGAUAGCAAUUACAAGUGUAUUGUUUGAUUCAUUGCCAAUACAAGUGAAUUGUUUGAUUCAUAGCCAAUACAAGUGAAUUGUUUGAUUCAUAGCCAAUACAAGUGUAUAGUUUGAUUCAUAGCAAAUACAAGUGAAUUGUUUGAUUUAUUGCAAAAAUGAGUUCAUUGCAUGAUUUAUAGCAAAUACAAGUGUAUUGUUUGAUUCAUAGCAAAUACAAGUUUAUUGGUUGAUUCAUAGCAAAUACACAUGUUUUGUAUGAUUCAUAGCAAAUACGAAUGUUUUGUUUGAUUCAUAGCAAAUACAAUUGUAUUGUUUGAUUCAAAGCAAAAACAAGUGUAUUGAUUGAUUCAUAACAAAUACAAGUGUAUUGUUUCAUUUAUAGCAAACACAAGUGUAUUGUUCGAUUCAUAGCAAAUACAGGUAUAUUGUUUGAUUCAUAGCAAAUACACAUGUAUUGUUUGAUUUAUAGCAAAUACAAGUGUAUUGUUUGAUUCAUAGUAAAUACAAGUGUAUUGUUUGAUUCAUAGAAAACACAAGCCUAUUGUUUGAUUCAUUUGAUUUAUAGCGAAUUCAUGUUUUUGGAUCGCACAUACUGAGCUCCAUGAAAAAACAUUGUAUAUUGCAGGAAAGGUGUGAAAUCUUUGUUUAUCUGAUAGAAACGAAUCUGUUUGUUUAAUAGUGAUCUACAAAGCUGAAGAUGAGAGCCUUAAAUUUAGUUUGUACAAGAAUUAUGUGAUACUUAUCGGAUCUCUGUGUUUUGGUUACCUAAAGCUAGACAAUAUAUAAUUCUAUCAAAAGUUUGUAAAAUUAUUACCAGAGCAUGACAAGCUAUUGGGAUCCACAUGUUUCUUCUAAAUAUGGUGAAAAUAGGUCAGAAUGUUAUCUAGGGCAUGUGCA